AUGACGGAUCUGAGCGUCGCUGCGUCAAACAUUCAUAGCGCCGCUGCCUACUUCAGAUUGAAGAGGCUGCGAGAUAUGGGAGUUGCUGGAGUUACUGAUGCUACAUGGAAGUCUCUUGUACUUGAGAGUGAUUUGCCUGUUCUAGUUGAAUUUUGGGCACCAUGGUGCGGGCCUUGCCGUAUGAUGCACCCACUCAUUGAUAAAUUGGCAAAGCAAUAUGCUGGGAAGCUUAAUUGUUACAAGGUUAACAAAGAUGAUAGCCCUUCAAUUGCAACCCAGUAUGCAAUUCGAAGCAUUCCAACUGUUAUCAUUUUCAAGAAUGGAGAGAAGAAAGGUGCAGUCAUUGAUUCUAUUUUUAUCCAGAGUUAUAUGGCAUUUCAACAAAACUUCAGUGCCCCUACUAUGCAUUUUUCAUCUGAGGGAGAUGUUUCACUCAAACAAAAAUGCAAUUCAGUGUCACCUACAGCAACAGCUUCAGAAAAUGUGAACGGAUGCUUUGAUUGCAACAUUUGUUUAGAUUCAGCUCAUGAUCCUGUGGUUACCCUUUGUGGUCAUCUGUAUUGCUGGCCUUGCAUUUACAAAUGGCUUCAGAUUCAAAACUCCUCAUUAGAAUCAGAUGAUAAACCAAAAUGUCCAAUUUGUAAGGCUUACAUCACAACUUCUUCAUUGGUUCCCCUCUAUGGCCGUGGCUCAUCAUCAGCUGAAUUCGAUGGCAAGAAACACCAAUUGGAUCUCAUCAUACCCCACAGACCACCGGCUCAUGGUAUGAACACGUUGCUUGCUCCAAAUCAGCAACUUCAACCCAAUCCAUUUCGGCCACAGCAGCCGUCUUUUCAUCAAGCUUUUGGUAAUUAUGCUUCAAUGACACCAUCUAGCUUUGGGGAAACAACAAUGACCAGUUUUUUCAAUCCAACAAUAUAUAUGUUUGGUGAAAUGGUUUUUUCUAGAAUGUUCGGAAGCUCAGAGACGAGUUUGUUCUCGUAUCCUUAUCGAAAUUCCUACCCCGUUACUGGAAAUGGUGGCCCUCGGUUGAGAAGGCAAGAAAUGCAGGUUUCCCAUUCGGCGCAUUGUAUUGCUGUACAGAUGGUGGGACUGCUCUUACGAGCAGUCUUAGGUAGAGCGGAUUCUAUAUCUGGAACACUACAGAGCAGAGUUGCCACCAAUGUGCUGCUAUCUCCCAAAGACGAAUUGUAUUGGAAUAUUCGACCUGGCAACCGAACCACCAAACCGCUAUCCGGUUCUAAUCCCACCUAUUCACCGCCUCAGCCACCAUACUCCGCCACCACCUCAAACCUCAAAGAUUCAUGCUCCCAACUCAAAUAA